AUGGACAAAGGCAUAAAAAUAGAUGGUGCUGAUAUUAAGAUUCCUGAAGAGGUUCUUGAAGUUGGCGUUGCAGCACCCAGCACUGAAUUAAAAGAACCUUCAAUCUCCUUGAAAACCAGUGGAUAUGAACAUGAAAUAAAAGGAAGUAAGUUCAAACUGCCAAGUCUUGGAUUGUCUGUCCCUCAAGCCAAAGGACCAGAUAUCAAUUUAAGUUUAUCAAAGAAAGAUGUAGAUAUUACACUUCCAGAAGCCAAAGCUGAAGUCAAGCUCCCUGAUGUUGAAGUUGAAAAACCUUGUGUUGAAGUGGAAAUUGAAGCUCCUGAGAUAAAGAUUGAAACAAAGGGAAAGAAAGGAUCACCAUCAAAGUUUAAGAUGCCAACAUUCCAAUUGCCAAAAUUUGGAGUGGGUGUCACAAGUGCAACAGCAGAGGUACCGGAUAUGGACAAAGGCAUAAAAAUAGAUGGUGCUGAUAUUGAGAUUCCUGAAGAGGUUCUUGAAGUUAACAUUGCAGCACCCAGCACUGACUUAAAAGAACCUUCAAUCUCCUUGAAAACCAGUGGAUCUGAACAUGAAGGAAAAGGAAGUAAGUUCAAACUGCCAAGUCUUGGAUUGUCUGUCACAAAAACCAAAGGGCCUGACAUUGAUUUAAGCUUAUCAAAGAAAGAUGUAGAUGCUGCACUUCCAGAAGCUAAAGCUGAAAUCAAACUCCCUGAUGUUGAAGUAGAGAAACCUUCUGUUGAAGUGGAAAUUGAAGUUCCUGAGUUCAAAGUUGAGACAAAAGACAAAAAAGGAUCACCAUCAAAGUUUAAGAUGCCUACAUUCAAAUUACCCAGAUUUGGCAUUGGUAUCCCAAGUGCCACAGCAAAAGUACCUGAUUUGGACACGGAUGUUAAAGUAGAUGGUGGUGAUAUGAGUAUCCCUGAAGAGGUUCUUAAAGUUAACAUAGCAGCACCCAGCACUGAAUUCAAAGAACCUUCACUCACCCUGAAAACUACAGGAGCUGAACAUGAAGGAAAAGGAAGUAAGUUCAAACUGCCAAGUCUUGGAUUGUCUGUCCCUCAAGCCAAAGGACCAGAUAUCAAUUUAAGUUUAUCAAAGAAAGAUGUUGAUGUUACACUUCCAGAAGCCAAAGCUGAAGUCAAACUCCGUGAUGUUGAAAUUGAAAAACCUUGUGUUGAAGUGGAAAUUGAAGCUCCUGAGAUAAAGAUUGAAACAAAGGGAAAGAAAGGAUCACCAUCAAAGUUUAAGAUGCCAACAUUCCAAAUUCCAAAUUUGGAGUGGGUGUCACAAGUGCAACAGCAGAGGUACCGGAUAUGGACAAAGGCAUAA